AUGGCCUCGCUACUGCUGGCCCUUGCGGCCUUCCUUCUCUGGGCAACAGCCUGGACUGUCUACUCUGCGUAUACUUUAUACUGCAACUACCUCGAGGCCCGCACUCUCGGCGUGCCCAUUCGUAUCAUCCCCAUCGACCAUCUCAACAAGCUCUGGUUGCUCGUCGACAAGCAAGUAGUGGCCCUUGUGCGCCGUCUUCCGGGGGUACUGGGCAACAACAAUUUCACUCGCUUCAACUACCGCGGCUGGCACGAAGAUGACGGACUCCGGGCUCACGACGAGAUGGGCGAGGCCUUUGUGCUUUGCACGCCCUCGCGCAACUGGCUGUACCUGGCGGAUCCGGACGCUCUGAUCAACAUGUAUCGCCGCGGAAAGGAUUUCCCACGGUGGGUGGAAAUUACCAAAAUGCUGGAUGUCUUUGGCGGCCCCACGAUCGCCACGGCCUCAGGCGAGGAAUGGCGGAGAAUCCGCAAAAUCUCCAACUCUGCGCUCAACGAGCAAUGCAACGCCAUUGUCUGGUCCGAGUCAGCCGCGCUCGGCGAGGCCAUGUCGAACUACUGGGCCUCUCAGGGUGUCUUCACCAGCGUCGGCGAAGACUCCCGCACAGUCACGCUACAUGUCCUCUCCAAGGCCUGCUUCGGCCAGUCGCUCCCCUUUGAGGGCCACCACGGCCGUGCCUCGGACACCAGUGCCUCGGCGAGUUUCCGGUUCUCUCUGCUGACCAUCAUGGAGAAUGCGUUGCUCAUCUUGGCUCUGACACCGAGUUUCUUUACGAACCGCUGGUUGCCGAUGCCUGCGGCGUGGCGUAAGCUGGGUGAGGCGUGUGAUGCAUUCCGGGGCCAUAUGCGCCAGCUUUACCAACGCGAGUUGCGUGUGCUUGAGGAGAAGAAGCUUACCCCUGGCGAGGAGUCGUUGGAAAAGAAGCGGGAUUACACCCUCAUGGCCGCGCUAGUACGGGCAUCGCAGGAGCGGCCGGACGAGAAGGAUGAGGAAGACCGGCGGUUCGCGAACCUGACCGAGGCUGAGAUUUACGGAAACAUGUUUGUGUUUGCUUUUGCGGGCCAUGAUACCACCGCUCACUUACUCACCUACGCUGUCUUCUUCCUCGCCGCGAACCCCACCAUCCAAACCUGGGUCGCAGACGAAAUCCAACAAGUCCUCGGCACCCGCCCCCGCUCCGAAUGGGACUACCACGCCGACUUCCCCCGCCUCAAGCGCUGCCUCGCAAUCCUCUACGAAACCCUCCGCGUCAAGACCCCCGUGUGCGAAGUCAAAUGGACCGAAGACCGCGCGCAGCAACUGCGUGUCGCGGGCCAGAUGCUGACCGUCCCGCCUCAGACGCUCAUGAUCCCUAGUUAUUUGUAUGUGCAUAAGCAUGCGCGGUAUUGGGGGAGUGAUGCGAUGGAGUGGCAGCCGGAGCGGUGGAUUGCGACGAGGGGGGCGGUGAAUGAGGCUGGGGGGUUGGGAGAGGGGGGUUUGCACGCGGGGAAUAAUGGUGGGUAUCAUCGCCGGGCUAGGCCACAUGUUGUUGAAGAUGAGAAGGACGAGAGUGCGGACAUCUCACAGGAGGGAGAGGAAGAAGUUCUUCUCCCGCCGCCGUCGCGCGGGAAUUACCUGGGCUGGUCCGAGGGUGCGCGCGAUUGUCCCGGCAAGCGGUUCUCGCAUGUUGAGUGGGCGGCGUUUUUGGCGGCUAUGUUUCGGGAUUGGAAGGUUGAGCCGCAGCAGUUGCCUGGCGAGACGUUUGCGGAAUCGCGGACGAGGGUGCUGGACUUUGUGGAGAAGGAUACGGAUUAUGGGGGUUUGUUGUUGCAGUUGAUGCAUCCGGAGAAGGUGCCGCUUGUUUGGAGUCGGCGGUGA